UGUCUGCUGUGCGCGUGCCCUCUCGCGCCACCCGCUUCACAGACCAGACGCUCACCUGCAGCUACAACCUUGGCGACAUGGGCCUCUAUGCUGUCAAGUGGUACCUCAACGACAGCGAAUUCUUCCGAUACUCAUCAGAGCGAGAUAUUGUUGUUUUCGGACAAGAUGUCCAGGUCAACAUCGAGGAAUCCGGUGCGAACAAGGUAGUUCUCCGUGAGGUGGAUUUCAGUGCCUCAGGAACUUACAGAUGUGAAGUGAUAUCAGACGCACCUUAUUUCAAGAUUUUCGUAGGAAGCUCCACAAUGACAGUUAUUGCAGAGGAGGAAAAAGUGGGUGUGUCUGCUGUGCGCGUGCCCUCUCGCGCCACCCGCUUCACAGACCAGACGCUCACCUGCAGCUACAACCUUGGCGACAUGGGCCUCUAUGCUGUCAAGUGGUACCUCAACGACAGCGAAUUCUUUCGAUACUCAUCAGAGCGAGAUAUUGUUGUUUUCGGACAAGAUGUCCAGGUCAACAUCGAGGAAUCCGAUGCGAACAAGGUAGUUCUCCGUGAGGUGGAUUUCAGUGCCUCAGGAACUUACACAUGCGAAGUGAUGAUAGCAGCACCUUAUUUCAAGGUUUUCUCUGGGAGCUCCGCAAUGACAGUUAUUGAGGAGGAAAAAGUGGGUGUGUCUGCUGUGCGCGUGCCCUCUCGCGCCACCCGCUUCACAGACCAGACGCUCACCUGCAGCUACAACCUUGGCGACAUGGGCCUCUAUGCUGUCAAGUGGUACCUCAACGACAGCCUGUUCUUCCGAUAUUCAUCAGACCGAAAAAUUGAGGUAUCCCAAGAUGUCCAAGUCGAUAUAGAGAAAUCCAAUGCGACCAGGGUAGUUCUCCGGGAGGUGGAUCUUAGCGCCUCAGGGACCUAUACGUGUGAAGUAACAACAGACAGAUCUGAAUCCUCGAAGUCGUCUAACAUGACGGUCACUGAUGAGGCAGCGGUGGAGGCGCGAAUCACGGCAGCAACAGGGUCUUCAGUCGAAUUUUCCUGCGAGGCUUC